UGCCAAUGGGGCCAGAAGUGUGGCGCCACCUUGGACGACCUGACUGCGGCAGGGAUCGCGCGGCACCUGAAGGAAUAUCACGUGCACGUCUGGGACAACCGGUCCCGAGGGCGCUGCGAAUGGCACGGCAGCCCGUGCACCAACACCACGAUGUUCUACGCUUCCUUUGGGAAGCACAUCGCCUCAGUGCAUCUCGGGGCGACUGCGCGACCGUGCGAAAAGUGUGGGGAGACCUUCGCGCGUGCGGACACGCUUGAUCGCCAUAUGAAGCUCUACUGC